AUGACGCGGAUUACCCCAGAUCAAGCGCGACAGUUAGUCAAUAGACUCAGAGUAAAGAAUGGAGGGAUCACUCCAGAAGAUCGGGAACGCACUCCAGAAAACGUACUCCAAGCAUUAGAGGAAGUGCGCGAUCAAUUGGGACGAUCUAUACGCACAAUUUCGCGAGAUCUCUAUAAUAGUGAUUCAAGAUUCGUAUUCGAGCUGAUUCAGAAUGCUGAGGACAACUCGUAUAAUCGUGCCUACAAUGAGACUCCGUUUAUCAAAUUCACUCUGCGACCCGGAAAGAUUACCGUUGAAAAUAAUGAGGACGGUUUCGCGGAAGAAAACGUUCAGUCAAUAUGCAAAAUCAACCACAGCUCGAAGGUCGAUCAACGACGAGGCUAUAUAGGCGAGAAAGGCAUCGGAUUCAAGUCGGUGUUUCAAGUGGCUUAUAGGGUUGAGAUUCGAUCAGGACCGUUCGACUUUUACUUUGAGCAUCGACCCGAGGACAGUGGAAUGGGGAUGAUAACUCCUAUGGACAAGGAAACCCCAUCUCCAUCCUGCAAUGGAACUCAAAUAACAUUGUUUCUUAUCGAGCCAGACGAUUUCCAGCGCCGAGUGCAAGAUUUUGCGAGCAUUCCGGACUCGCUUAUUCUAUUUCUCCCCAAGCUUCAACGGAUUGAAGUUUCCAUUCAAAAGGAUGAGGAUUCCUCCAAUGUCACAUAUGAGUGCCUGGAAGAUGGGAAUGGCUCGAUAACAAGACUUGUGAAAAAUGUAGAUAAUACCAUUUCGGAAAAGUCUUAUUAUAUCUUAAAGGAGACCUUUAGCGAUCUUCCUCCUCAUGCUGCUCGGCAGAACAGAAAUAGUGCAGAGGUCAUUCUCGCCUUCCCAAUAACCGGGGACUCCCAACCCAUUAUUGAGCCUCAGAAAGUCUUUUCUUUUCUUCCUGUACGAGAUUUUGGUUUCAAGUUUCUCAUCCAGUCUGAUUUCAUUACUUCAGCAAACCGAGAAGAUCUUCGUGUAUGCAAUUGGAAUGACGCUUUACUUCAACAUGUCUGCACGGUUUUUGCGUCCGCGGUGGUUGAAUUCUCCGGGGAUCCCGUACUUCAAUACGAAUGGCUGUUCUUUCUACCUGGCAAUAGUAUACACUACCAAUUCUGGGAUGGCCUUCACGACAUGAUCAUCCAAGCCUUGAGCAACCUCGAUAUUCUACUAUCCAGAUGUGGUGUCCUAAAGUACCCUCGUCAGCUUCAGCGGCUUUUAAGCCGCCAUUGCGAUAGGUAUGGCCAGCCUUUGUUUGAUGACCUGGAGGACGAAGUGUACCUGUCCCCGAACUACCACCCAGAACAUAUCCGGUACUUGAAAGAUUUAGGGGUCACGAAUAUGUCAUGGGACAACAUAAUCGAAAGACUAGCUCCGUACUUGACCGGUGAAAAUCCUCGAUUCCUUCAAUCGGAAUUAGACGAAGAUUGGCAUAGCCGGGUUGCGAGUCUUUUAAUACGCGCUCUAGAAGACUCAGGUAGAUUGAGAAGAAUAGAGGCUUGGAUUAGAGAGCUAGCCCUUAUUCCUUUGCAAAAUGGGUCGCUGUCACACAACCUUGAGAACGAUGUGUAUUUCCCCAUUGAUCUACCUGGACAUCCCAUUCCUUUGGACUUGAACCUAAAACUUGUGGGCGAACAUGCCUUUGCAAAUGACUCACGAAAGACUCUAUAUGAGGCUCUUGAAGUUGAGUAUUGUGAACCCAAAUUCAUCAUCAAAGAGAUCGAGAGGAAAUACAGCACACCUUUUGGCGUGAACCUGGAGAACUCUGUCUCACACCUGAAAUAUCUCUAUUGGAAUCUUCCUAGGGAACAGAAUCUGGACAAAAAGAUUUUUCUGAUGAAUCAGGACGAGCUUCCUGUAUACAAAGUCCAGGUACUUUUUGGGAGAUCUUGCACGGUGGAUGAUAUUUAUUUCGAUACAAUUGGAGAUUUUGGUACACGCCACUUAGCAGAGGAGCUCCAAUCAACUGUACCAUCUAAUGAAUCUUCGGGCAUUCACCUCAUAAAUGAUGCAUAUUUAACAGCUGUAUCAUCGGAUGAAGAGCGAGAAGAUUUUACGUGGAAAAGGUGGCUGGAAAGUAAUGCACGGGUCCGCAAAGUACCCAGAUUACGACACUCAUCGUCCACUAGCAUUUCUCCCCUUUUCAAAACAAUCAUUACUUAUAGGCCAAUGUUUUUAGUUGGUAUCCUCAAAAGAUACUGGGAUACUUAUUCCAAAGAACUCACCCCAGAAAUCAUACAGGAGAUUAAAAAUGCUGAGGUUCCAUGCAGCGCUCCUGACAUAUAUUAUCCAUUGAAGGCUGUUUACUUUCCUACAGCGAAAUUGACAUCAAUCGUUGAGCGAUCUUGCGCUUCGGAUUACUUUGACCUUUUCCUUGACAUAGUACCUGCAUCCGAGUCGAUUGAGACGGCCGCCGGGUGGGAGUUUCUUAGCAAGUUUGACGUUGGCGUCAAACCAGAUUUACGUUUCUUCAAAGAUAUAUUGAGCACGUUGACUGACGAGGUAUCAGGAACACAGCUACAAACGGGUUUGUUUUAUGUGUACGAACAGCUGUUUGAAGAGUUCCGCCUCGAGAAUCGUGAUUCAAUUGGAGCAAUUUUUAAUGAGCUAAAUGUUGUUUGCCUUCCAGCGAGAGGAAUACAUAGAGUGAAGGUCACAGCUUUGAGAAGUUGUAUCUGGAAUGGACUACCCUUCCUACGUGUCAAAGAUCCUCUCGUAUCCUAUCCGGAAUACAGAGAAAAUGCGAGAGUCCAAUAUCUCUUCAGAGACAUUCUGGGUUUGGAAGACGCCAACUGUACGACAUAUGUAAAAGAGCUCAGAUAUCUUCGCCGACGUACCACUUCGAUACAACUACUCUUUGAUGAAAUAUGCGAAAUUUAUGCUGAAAUUGCGAAUAUCGCCAAUACUGAUGAGGAUCGUGAAUUUGUCUCAAAUGCAUUUGAAGAGCAUAAUUUGAUCUAUAUACCGUCAGAGCAGGUUUGGGUUCCUCCCACAUCAUGUGUAUGGACAGAUUCAGCCAAGAUCGGCAGGCAGUAUGGAAUCAGUGCAUUAUAUGGAGACCUGCAAAGUUUCCUCGUUGAGAGACUUCGUGUACAAACGCCAACGAUAGCAACUUAUGUCCAACAGUUGCUACUGGUUGCUGCGGAAGUUCCUCCUCGGAUGCUUGAGAUAAAGAAAGCUAUUAGUACGAUUAAUGAUCUGAAUCCAACUAGGGCAAACCUUGAAGCGAUCAAGCAAAUCAAAUGCCUCCCAGUUCGCACUGUUCAAGGAACGAUGGAACUGAUGCGACCCUCGGAAGUAUUUUUUAUCGGAGACCGACGCGAGUAUGAAAGUGUAUUUCGAGGGGAGGUAGGUAUAUUGGACUUCUCCCUGGAAGAAGUACAUGACAUCCAUCCGUUUCUGGAAGCCUUAGAACUAGAGGAUCGGUACAUGUCCAUGGUAGUUCAGGAAAAUACGACGGUCCAAGAGCCAUCAGACAAUGAAUCACGCACUCUCAGCCAAGAUUUCCGAGCAAAAUCGAAAGCUUUUUUUCGAUGUGCUCUUCAUUAUCGAAGCGUAAAAGUUCACAACAGUGGCCAAGAAAUAUACCAUACAUUCCAAAACGCCUCAAUUUACAAAAGUGAAGGAUUCACAAAGACUCUUACCCUAUCUUAUAGAGGCAUCACUGUUACGGCAACUAGUGAUCGAGGUGUCUUCCAUCUCGAAGGUACGGAGGAGGCAUUGCAACUUUUUGUGCCGAGAGAUAACAAACAGAGAGAGAAAUGCUAUCUAACUCAAUUGCCGAAGGCUCUGAUGUCUUACCUUCUUAUCGAUGACCCCAGGGCGGUAAGGGAAUUCUUACAGGUAAUCCAGGCCUCUAUACAUGUUCUAGAUGAGGUAUUGGACGAAGAGGGAAUUGUACGCGUCCCAGAUGGCUAUUUGCCAUCUUCUGAGCAAGCGGAGGUGUCUAUUGAAGAGGACACCCAUUCUGAUGCAGCCGUUGACUCUCCUGAUAAUUUUCCAAGUCGCGGAACUGAUGCGUUGAUGCCAACAUCGACGAGGCUAUCGGUAUCGACCCAUACAAGCGAAUAUGAAGUCCUCUCGGCCACAUCAUAUUCCAGGACGUCUUCUCCGUAUGUUGACGUUGAACGAGUUGACCGACGACGUGUGCUAGAUCCGUCCUCUUCAUCUUAUCUCGUGCCUAAUAGCGAGACUGCAAUUAAUGCUCAAGCAUCCUUGACGCAGGAGUCUCCCUAUGCCCGCUUUCUUACUCGGAUUAUCCAGAUAGCCCGCCGAACCGGACUACCGUCCAUAUUGGCUCGCUCGGUACGGUCCAUGGGAAAUGUGCAAACUCGUGUAGACGAUACGUUGCGUGAAGAACUCGCCACUGCGUUUGGAACCAGAUCUGAGAAUCAGUUGGCACACGAUAUCAAACUUGGAGCAGCUGGUGAAUUAUUUGUAUUUGAGCUAUUGCUACAAUUUGGUUUGCCAGGCUUCAACAGGAAUAACUGGAAGAGCAAAAUUAGAGAAGAAGUCCAAGUGCAUCCGGAAUAUCAUGACCUCACUCCUCGGUCUAGAAAAGAGAUUUCGGAUAUUGGCUAUGUCGACUCGGAGUCUGCUUUGACGGAUCUUUUGAUAGAGUAUGGGCAUCUUUCAGCAAAUCGAUGGCGAGGUGCAACGCCUGAGUAUUUGAUUGAGGUGAAAUCGACCACUGGUGUUUGUGAGAACGCUUUCUACAUGAGCAAGAGCCAAUAUAGACUGAUGCAACGCCAUAGGCUCGACGCUGAAUCACAGGUUGCUGAAAGCACAAUUUAUGUCAUCUUUAGGGUUUUUGACUUGGGAAAAGAUACAACGAAUUUGCGCAUCUACAUAGAUCCAGAGUCAUUACGAGUGCAGGACAGACUACGAUUCACACCAGAAUCCUACAACGUUGUUCCGGGUGCUUCGUAA